AUGGUCACCCAUCGCAAGAGUCGCUCGCUGACAACAACCAUCCUCUUCCUCCUCUUCGCAUACAUCUGCCUGAUCUGGCUACCACUCCAUCAUCUGGGGAGCAGGCAUCACAGGCAUCCAAGACCACCACCCCUACAUAGUGAUCAACACUCUCAACAUUCCAUCCAUCUCAACUCAACCACCGUCGAGAAACACCCCGUGUCAUCGUACAUUUCUCUGCCACCACUACCCUCAUCCACCGCCUCAUCAAUUCCCCAAAUCCAGUAUGAUUUCCCUCCAGAAUCCAGGCCGGAGCGCAAGAUCAGACUCCAGAGGCAAAGGGCCGUCAAGCAAGCCUUCCUGCAUGCUUGGACGGGAUAUAAAGACCACGCCUGGCUCCGAGACGAGGUCACGCCCCAAACGGGCGGGUAUCAGGACACGUUCAGCGGAUGGGGUGCCACGCUAGUCGACUCCUUAGAUGCGCUGAUCAUCCUGGGUCUGGAUGAUGAACUCGAACUGGCCCUGGAGGCCUUGACCCAAAUCGAUUUCACCACCACCGGCAGCGGAGACGUGAAUGUCUUUGAGAUUACGAUUCGAUACAUGGGGGGCUUUUUGGCUGCUCAUGACUUGACCCACGGGAAAUAUCCCAUUCUUCUGCAAAAGGCUGAAGAACUUGGUGCAAUGAUCUACAAUGCCUUUGACACCCCGAAUCGAAUGCCUCAGAUGCGGUGGGAUUGGUCCAGAUCUGCCCAAGGCAAAGAAAUCGAAGCUGCAGAGCGAACCGUCUUGGCUGAAUUUGGUUCUUUGACCCUGGAAUUCACCCGGCUAUCACAAUUGACGGGGAACCCCAAGUAUUUCGACGCCGUCCAACGAAUCACGAAUGAGCUGGAACGGGCCCAAUCCAAAACCCGCAUCCCGGGACUUUGGCCGCUCUUCGUCGACGCCAAGCAUCUGAGGUUUGACUGGUCUCAAUUCUCACUUGGCGGCUGCGCCGACUCGACAUACGAAUACUUGCCCAAACAGCAUAUCUUGCUUGGCGCCCAGAGAGAUGAGUACCGGGAGAUGUACGAAGCGGCCAUGGAAGUGAUCACGGGGAAACUUCUUUUCCGCGCGAUGACCAAGGACGAGGAGAGGCAGGUUCUUUUUACCUCCAAUGCGCUCGGGCUCCGGGGCGGAAAGCUCCAUGACGUCGAGUACAUCCAAGAGCAUCUGAAGUGUUUCCUGGGUGGAAUGGUCGGCCUGGCCUCCAAGGUCUUCAAUCGCACCGAGGAUCUGCCCAUAGCCCGAGGUCUCACGGAUGGCUGUAUCUGGGCCUACGAGUCUAUGGCGACGGGGAUCAUGCCUGAGAUCAUGGCGGUCAGCCCAUGUAAGGACAUGGCACAUUGCCCCUGGGACGAGGGCAAGUGGUACGAGGACGUCCUAGGUCAACCCAUUCAUUCCCGCAAACAUCUUGAACAGGCUCAAGAGGUCGUAGAGCGUGAGGGUCUUCCACCCGGCGUAGUUGGCGUCACGGACGCAGCAUACAAGCUUCGCCCCGAGGCCAUCGAAUCCAUCUUCAUCAUGUACCGCAUCACUGGCGACAAGACCCUUCAAGAUGUGGCGUGGCGCAUGUUUCAGAAUAUCGACAAAGUGACCCGUACCAAAUAUGGUCACUCUGCCAUUGACGACGUUCGCAAUCCUCUGCCUCAGCUGAGCAACAAGAUGGAGAGCUUCUGGCUUGCGGAGACUCUGAAAUACUUUUACUUGAUCUUUUCUGAGCCUGAUCAUAUCAGCUUGGAUGAAUAUGUUCUGUAA